CACAUUUUUUCUUUCUUUCUUCUCUUUUUCCCCUUAUCCAUUUCUUCUAUAGAAUUUCAGUUAUCCAUUUUUUAUAUCAAACUUCAUCUUCUGCAUCAUAUUUCAUUGAAAAUGUAAGACUAAAUUCGAAGAUUAGGGCACGACAUGAAGAAGAGGAACAAAUGUAUUGUUUGAGUGAGUAUGUUGCAGAUCCUUGCAUUCAUUGUGGUUAAAAGAUUUACAAUCGAAAAAUCGCAGCAUCAUAACAAAGAUAUGGAGUAUAAUAGUUUUGGGCUUAUGGAAUAUGGAGGCCCAUGUACAGAGGAUAAAUGGUACUGGGCGGGAAAGUCUGCUCUGCAUUUUGACGCAAUCGCACUCCAAUUUGACGCCAAACCAUUUUCAUGGCUUCCGAGCUUCCCCGAGGAGCCAUUUGAUGCGAAUAUGGCGGAUAACACGAGUUAUCGGGCUUUGAUCUGCUGCACUGUAACAAGGAAAAUCAGGAAUCUAACAUAAGAAGAAGAAGAAGAAUAGAUUUGAGCAUUUUGAGCAUACAUUGUUUUCGACAUCAGUAGCUGAUUAAUGAUAAUACAGUGAGCUCAUUGUUGAUGGCUUUAAUCCUGUAUUUUCUAGUGCAAGUUUUU